GCAAGAGAAACUUUUAACAAUAAUACUGUAGUGUUCAAACAUUUAUAAAGUGUUAUAUGUCUUUGAGUUAGUUCUUUUUCUGUAAGAUGCUGGUACGAAAAAACAAUAAAGUAAAUACUGGAGAAAAUAUCUUCUCAACUGCUUUUAUAGUUUUACCAUGUUUACAACGCUUGUUGCUUUAGCUUUUAGUAUACUUACAGACUUAUGCCUCAAGCUUUUAAAUUGAGUUCAAAGAAGGUUAGAAGGUUGUAUCAACAUGCAAGUAGUGCGUAUUUACUAUUACUACCAUAACUACGCUAUGGCGGAUGUGUACAGGUGGUUGGCAUGGGGAAAAGAAAGUUUUUAUAACUUAGGCUUAAACAUGUCUGAUUGAAGUUCCGAAUUUCACUUUUUCAAGACAACUGCACUCUAUAUACUGCUACCAGAAGAUGCAGAAAGAACAUGUGAAGUUAUUCUUUUGCUGAAGAAGCUGAAAUGAAAUUCCCUCAAAUUGUUAAAAUUUCUGAACAACUGAAUAUAAGCAAUGGCAAAAAGAACAGCAACAUAUAAGCGCACUCGAGAUACUUCUGAAGAAGAGUGUGGACGAGAAGAGGUUAAUGUGCUUCAACAGGCAGAAACGAGUGAGAUAAAACAAGUCAUUAAGAAAACUAAAAAACAAAAUAUUGAAAGUGAUUCGGCCACUAGUUCUGCAAACUCAUUUUCUCGUUUUGGUGGUUAUGGUGUUGAAUUAAUGCCUUCAGUUACUGUUACAAUUAGGUUUCUUUCUUAUACAAAUUCAUCCAUUGGGCUAACUAAUAGUACAGAUCUUUCACAAAAAUCUUCAUCCAUAGAAGAAGAGUGUUCCAAAGAUGGUAAUACAAUUCCUCCUCCUUUAAUAACUUCAAAAUUGCCACAGGACUCAAAACCUUGUGUAAGAGAAAAUAAACAAUUUUCUCGGGAUAUUCAGUAUUACAAACUUCUGAAAACUCUGAAUGAAAAUUUUUCAGAAUGGAUUAAAAAUUGCCUUGGCAAAAGCCCUUACUGUAAUUUUAUACCAGCAUUUGAGGAUUAUGAAAAUUAUGUCACAGAAAUAGAGAAGAAGUAUCCUGUUCAAAACUCUCAAACAGAAACAACAAAUGUACGAGAGGGUACAUUAUCUGGCAUACAGUUUUCUUCUAAAUCCACGAUUGAUGGACAUGUAACAAAACAUACUUUUAACUCUGGAUCUAAGGCUACCAAAACAGAAGGUCCAAAAAAGGAAAAUGCAGUUACUUUCAAACUUUUCCCACCAGUGUCAUCCACAACCUCAACGAGCACAUCUAGCUUUGGGUUUAAACCAACAUCAUCACCAACAAAUUCAGUCAGUGGCAAGUCAUUGUUUAGCUUGGACAAUGAUGAGGCAUCAUCUUCUGCCUCAAUCACUAAUGUAUUAACUUCUACUACUCCAUCUUCGGCAGGAUUCUCCUUCAAGACUUGUGAUGGUUCAACUACUUCAGACAGAGUCAGUAAACCACCACCUGUCCUCUUGACAACUAAAAAGUGUGCAGUACAGGAAUUAAGGGAAGCUGCUCCUCACAAGAUUAAAUAUUCACAGGCUGAAGGGAAUGAUGCACUGUUUUCAAAAAGGUGUAAGUUAUUCUGCAAAAAAGGUAAUUGUUACAAGGAUGAAGGUAUAGGAAUACUCUGCAUAAAAAUGGUUCAAGGGAAGUCACGGCUACUAAUAAGAGCAGACAGUAACUUAGAUAACAUUUUGUUAAAUAUUAGACUGAAUUCCACUGUGCCAAUAAAAAAAGUAGGAAAGAAUAAUGUGCUUAUCGUUUGCAAUCCCAAUCCUCCUAUGGACAUAAAAUCAUCAAAUACAGAGACAAUCACUUUUCUGAUUCGUGUGAAGACCAGUGAAGAAGCAGAUGAGCUUCUCCUAAAACUAAAUCACUUUAAGACUUAGAAUUCCAUAUUUUUUUUUAAGUCUAACUCUGGUUGUUUUAUCUUUGCCAUUCCACAUGAAAGAAAUAGUCAAUUUCUUUAUUAUUAGCUUUGCACAUGUGGAGAUUGUUUUAGUUGUUAAAUUAACCUAGAUACACAUUCUUCAGGAAAAUUGUACAAGUUUGUUAAUUACUUAAAUAUUGAAAAGCAGGUCUUAAGUUAUAAAAGGUAAUUAAUUUGCUGGGAUACAAUACAUAAAAUAUUUUUAUACCUUUUAGAAUAAAAAAAAAGACUGGUGCCAUUACUUGAACUACUUAAGAGAAACUAAAAUUAAUUGUAACAAGAUUGCAAAAUUAUUUUCACUGAUUAGUUAAAGUUAUCAGCAAGCACAUAUCAAGUUAUCUUUUUCAAUUCAUCCAUACUGUCACAGUCAGGGAUUAUUGUAAAAUCUUGAUCAUUUGCUGAUUACAUUUGACUUGUAUCAUUACAUGAAGUUUUUUACUGUUUCCAUGCCAACAUAGCCUGAAUCUCACAAAAAGAUUUAUUUUGAGCUUAUAAAAAUAACUUGUAUAUUAUUACAAAAUACUUCCAUGGAACAGAAAAAUAUACCUGUAAAAUCAAACUGUAAAAAAGUUUAGAAUAAAACUUUCAUUAUUACCUUA